CUGCGCCGCUCCGCCGGGUAGCCGGCUGAGGCUGCGGCUCCCGCUCCGGCUCCUUCCGCGGCGGGCCGUGUGCCGCAGCCAUGUCCCGGAAGCAGGCGGCGAGGAGCCGGCCGGGCAGCGGCGGCCGCAGAGCCGAGGCGGAGCGCAAACGGGACGAGCGAGCGGCGCGCCGGGCGCUGGCCAAGGAGCGGCGGAACCGGCCCGAGGCGGGCGGCAGCAGCUGCGAGGAAGAGUUUGUGAGCUUCGCCAACCAGCUGCAGGCCCUGGGGCUGAAACUGCGGGAGGUGCCGGGGGACGGCAAUUGCCUAUUCAGAGCUCUGGGUGAUCAAUUGGAGGGUCAUUCUCGGAACCAUCUCAAACACCGACAGGAGACAGUUGACUACAUGAUAAGGCAGCGUGAAGAUUUUGAGCCCUUCGUGGAAGAUGAUGUUCCUUUUGAGAAGCAUGUGGCCAGUUUGGCAAAGCCUGGUACUUUUGCUGGCAAUGAUGCAAUUGUAGCCUUUGCAAGAAACCAUCAGUUGAAUGUGGUGAUCCAUCAGCUUAAUGCCCCUUUGUGGCAGAUUCGAGGUACAGACAAAAGCAGUGUGAGGGAGCUCCACAUCGCCUACCGGUAUGGGGAACACUACGACAGCGUCCGGAGGAUCAACGACAACUCAGAAGCGCCGGCACAUCUUCAGACGGAUUUCCAGAUGCUUCAUCAAGAUGGAGCAAAUAAAAAAGAAAAGAUCAAGACAAAAGGGGUUGACUUUGAAGAUGGCCCACGAGAUGAAGUGGAAGAUGCUGUCCAGAAAGUUGGCAAUGCGACUGGAUGCUCAGUUAGUAUCCUUCCCCAGCCAUGCCUCACAGCUGGAUGCUCAGAUUUUAACUUAAUAGUCCAGAACCUGGAAGCUGAAAAUUACAAUAUUGACUCUGCAAUAAUCGCCGUACUUCAGAUGAACCAGGGGGAAGGAGACAAUGCGGAGGAGAACCUUGAGCCCAGUGCCCAAGUGUCGAAGCAGUGUGACGCUUCACUGGAGGAGGCAGGCAGCAGCUCCAGGCUCAUGGAAGGCCGGAAGGAAAACGGUACAGCCCAGGCCAGACCUAGUGAAGAGAAAAGAGCAAAUAAAAGCCAGAUCCUAAAGGUCACAAACAGGCAGCGGAGGGAGCAGCAGCGGCUGGAGAAGAAGAGACGGCAGGAGGAGAGGCACCGGCACAAAGCCCUGGAGAGCAGGGACAGCCACAGGGACGCCGCCAGCAGGGGCGAAGCAGAUGCGAACACACAGGUCACCUUGGUGAAGACCUUUGCCGCCCUGAACAUCUGACUCUCGGGACCCAGAGGUGGAGGAUGAAUGCUGCGGCCCAGGCGGCCCAGCCAGGUGGCCUCUGACAGCGCCCACACAGAGCCCACAGGAGUCAGUGUCCUUCAAGCUGCCUCUUGUGUCUUGAGCUUUGUCAGUGUUUUGUUGGGUGACAGUAGGUGAAGCCAUCCGCCUUCUGGAACACAAACAAAGUACUGAGUCCUCGGUGGGUCAUGGGGCAGAGGUGGCUUUGGAGCGAGGCUUUAUUUGCCCUGCAGUUCAGAGCAUGGUGAUUCUAGGCUCUUCCUUGACGUGUGGCGUGGGUUUGCUGUAAUUAUUCUUGAAGUCGUUUAGCACAAUCAUUAGAAAUCCAGUGACAACUUCCUUUGUUUCUCUUAUUUUCAAGCAGGGAUGCACGUCUUGGUUUACCAGCUCAAGAGUGUGUUGAGAUAGGAUUUGCUUCUGAUCCAGGUUACUUGGACAUACCAGUGAUAGGAUGGGGCGGGUAGCUCACAGCAGUCAGGGAAAUCAACUACACCUUCCUUCUUCCUGUCUCUGGUAUCACCUCAGAGAGUGUGGCUGCCCUCCCCACUCCAGCCAUGUGGUGUGUGUCCCUGACUGUGGGUGAGCCAGGGUUUUGUGGGGAGCUCCACAGUGCAGCAGAGUUUGGGGUGCUUUUCUGGGCAGUUAGGAAAUGGUGUGGCCCUGUUUGUGGCAUACCUCUGAACUCUGAUGUGCAGGGCUGAGUCUAUGGCUGGGAGGUGGGAGGGGAUCUGAGGUUUUUCCUCGGAAGAAUCUAAAGACAGCUUCUAUGGGAGAAGUCUCCAGGAUGAAGUUUUCCAUGCUUGAAUUUUAAUAACUAUGUGGGGGUUUUUUGUUUUGUGUUUUUGUUUUGUUUUGUUUUGUUUUUGAUACGUUAGACUCAGAAAGAUGCCUACAGAGAAAUAGCUGGUCAUUUGAUCUUACAGGUUGCUAAAUUUUCUUAACAUGUGAAAAUGAAAUGAAAUCCCAUAGCAUAGCUGGGCAUGGUGGCUCAAGCCUGUCAUCCCAGCACUCGAGCCGAGGCAGGAUUGCUGCAAGUUUGAGGCUAGCCUGGGCUAUGUAGUGAGUUCCAGGCUAGCCAGGGUUAGAAUAAAAGGCCCCAUUUUACUCCCUACCUAAGGGAGAAAAAUCUUACAGCAUGUAUCCUGUAUUUGAUUAUUUGGGUUUUCAGUACUGGGGAAGUACUUGGUGGCUGAGGCUGCCUGUGGCGAAGCUAGAUUACAGGGAGGAGAGGGGAGAGGCCUGUGCUGCCUGCCAGAGGCCUGUGCAUGACUCCGCUCUGAAGCACCUUCAAGUAGGGAGAGGUGCUGUUCCCCAGGCUGUGUUGUAUGAACGUUUACUUUAAACUGUCAUGUGUCGGUGAACAAUCAGGACGAAAGUCUUUGCUUUCUGGGAGCCUGGUGUUCAGACUAACGCUGUAUGCUGGCUCAAGAGAGAAAUUACUUGUUGUCACUAGAGGCAAAAAGAAAACAUGAAGACACAGACACCACUGGGCAGCUUGCGAGUCCGUCCCGUUGUCUUACCAGCAGACUAUUUACUUCCUCAGUUUAAUGUUGUCCUUCAGUUUUCCAUUUGUUUGGCUUUGGGACUUUGUGUUUGGAACCCCAGAAGUCUCCUGGAAUCUCUCCCAGGAUGCUGUGUUACUUCCUGCGUACAGGACAUUGCAAUAGUGUGCAGAUUUACAGACUACAUGGCAUUUUUUUUUCCUCCUCAGCUGGAGACCCAGGCCUCAGUCCCAGAAAGGGAAGGUGGUGGCUGCCAUGCCCUAAGGGAUAGGAGCCAGGCUGGCUCUGGGAGCCAGUGUUCUCUGGGGACACCCAGGACGGGGUCUGGGUUGGCUGAACUCAUCUGAAUGAAUGCUCUCUGUUCCUGCUUUGUACUGCCUGAGUGCAGGAUGCCAGGGCCUCGCAGAAAGAUUAGCGUUGUUUACCAAACCCAGGGGUGGAAGUCAGAAGUAGCAGACCUGGGCUAGCAGGCUCAGUGGUAGAGACUUGCCCAGUGUGUGGGAAGCCCUGGGUUCCAUUCCCAGCACUUAAAAAGCCAGGCUGUGGCUAGCUCUCAGUAGCCCCCUUGGGUACUCAGGAGCUGCUGUUUACCUGGCUGGGGACGGCCUCUCUAGUGUCAGAGCUGCUGUGGGGCUUGUUAAAGAGUGCUUUUAUUUACAGACACCCAUUCAGUUCUGAGCUCCCCGCUUCGGGUGGCGGCUGUGCAGUCUUUCUGGAUCACAGUGGCAGUCUCUUCAAAGCACUUCCCUUUUGUCACUGUCCACAGCUUUCCAUUUUCAUUGGUGUUUCUUUAACGUGCUGGUUAUUGAAAGUGGGGUACCUGCACCCAGCUUCAGUGUGUUGUCCAGCUCAGGCUCUGAAUGUGACUUCACUGCCCCAGUCUCACUGAGUGAGAGGUGUGUGUGUGUGUGGGGGGGGGGGGGGGCUGUAGGCAUCACCACUUUAGUGGGCACCUGACAGUCACCUCAUGGGCAGCCAAACAGGCCCAGUACGGUGAGCUUCAGGGUGAUGACGGUUAACACUUCCUCGGUCCAGGUCCUCACAGGGAAACUGUUCUGGGAAGGGAACCUGCCAGCCUCAGGCUGUGUCUCGACUGCUACCUGAGAAUGUCAUGGUCCCUCCUUGUGGGGGCACAAAGGAAAGCCACAGUGCUUCAUGGCAGUUCACUGCCCUUAUAAACUCUGUGGAGGGGAAGUUCUCUAGAUUUUAAGAAUAAUUUUUUUAAGGUCAAAAUAGGAAAAAACAAAAAACAAAAAAAACAACAAACAAAAACCCAACUGAUGGCAACCUCUGCCCUGGAGGCGGAUGAAUUAAAACAACCCAGCCAGACUUCUAGACAGUGCAGCCCACUAGGAGAUUGUGCCAGGAAUGUAGGCUCAGUUGGGUUUUCAACAGAACAUCUACCUUCAGGGAGCAAAGUCUGCUCUGCUCGGGGACUGGCAGGAAGAAGAAUCUGAAAUGUCCACCAGGGUUGCCUGUAGUUUGUCCUGUGAGCUCUGAAAACACUUCAACCCCGUUUUGAUUGUGAAAGCGAAGUGGGCUGACCUUGCAGAGCAGCUGGAGUAGGGCUCAAUGGGUAGCCUUUCUGUAGGCACAUUACCCUGCUGCUUCCCUGGGGAACAGAGCAAGGGGAACUGCUGGGCCAGGGCUGGGACAGUGGCUCAGGUUCCCUGGUAGUGUCAGGUGGCCUGUGCCAGUGGACUGCACUCCGAGACGGCACUUCAUGUUCUGAGGAACUACUGUCUGCCUGGGUUUUACCAGGACAACACAGCACCCUUUUUUACCUCUGAAAUGUUCAGCUCAGACAUCCGGCUGGGUAGAGGAAACCAGGAUCCUCAGAGAGAGUGGACUCACCCUGAGCAGGGUGUGAGCAGAAAGGAGGAGCCUCCCAAGAGUUGUGGCCUUGGUGGCCUGUCUGGAGCCCCAUGUGGGCAUGCAGCUUCUCACCUCUGACCUCUAGGCCCAGGCCGGGUGCAGGGCUUCAGUCUUGUCCUUCCCUUCACCUGCUCUGUGCUUCCUUUCCCCUGAAGGUUGGGGGUUGCUUACGCCCAGCAUUGCCCCAGCAGUCCAAGAGGCACUUUUACAGGCGCAUGUCCCUUAUCCCCGCAGGUCUACCGUUUCCAAGGUCAUUGUUGAGUUGAAGAUAGAGCUGCGUAUUUAGAUUCUAAAAGUUGAGUGCUGGGCUCAGUUGAUUGUUCCUGCUGAAUGGAGGCAAUACCAUGCCUCUGUCCUAAGUGGGAGUGCGGGGAGUGAGGCUCAGGAGAGAGCUGUGUCCUGGGAUAGCCUGGCCCUCUGUCCCAGGUAAAGUUCUGACAGUUUCUUCAGCUGGUUCUUUCUAGAGUCUCACUCUUUGUUUUGUAUAGCUCAGUUGAAAUGUUGAUCUCCUCACGGUCACUGGAGACGGCUGAUAGCCGUGCAGAGGAUACUCUCCACAUAGCUGCACACUUGCACAGUGAGUUUAUGUAAGCAGGGCAUACCUGCGAUCCAGGGCUCCUUUUGCUCUGUCCUGGCACAGGAGGAGCCUUUGGGGUCUGGCUCAGAUCCUUCCUUGCACAUGAGCAUCCUGCAGGCCCCCCGUUCGACCACCACAGCAGUCAGUGAAAAUCAUCAGCCCUCUGCCUGUGGUUUGAGCUCUGACAGUCCUCUGUUGAAACCUGAGCCCUGCUGGUGUGGGGCUCUUUUAAGUCUUCCUAUUCUUGGGGUUCAUUUUCCAUGGUGGCUACCUUCCCAGCAUCCCUCACUAAGCACUAAGCUGGGAGAAGGGGAGACAAGGGCCUUGGGUUGGGCUCAACACCCACCACCCUGCUCUCUGUCCUGAGUGCUGGUGUUUGUCGGCCCCUCCAGAAAGAGGGCCAGUGUGUCUGCCUUCUCCUUUUUCUAAUUGCACUGUCUUUGUUCUAGCUUCAGUCUAGAGAUAUCGAAGCUCUUCUUGGGGUCAUGACCCAUAGGCUUAGUAAGUCUGCCUUAGCUAUGGAGCAUAGAGGUGAGAAAUAAUUGUUUUCUGGCGUCUGAAGCCCAUUUCCCCUAGGCUGUCUCUUUACACAGAUUGUGUUCAUCUGAAUCAUUUUAUAUUUUAUUUACCAAAGUACUGUACUUGGCUAUUUGCAGUGUUUUAAGAACCAAAUGUUUUUUGUGUUUUUGAUCUUCAACACUUGGUGCAAUAGAAGCCGCAAAGACGUGCCACUUUAUCUUUGAAAUGGAUUUUGUAUACCAAUAAAUUCUAGUUUAAAAGCAGA